GCUCAAAUGCAUCCAGCCUAGCAGCAAGAACUCUUCUUUCUGACCAGCAGCGGAGACACCAUGAUGCAAGCAAAGAUUUUAAUUUUUACAUUGAUUCUGCUCCCAUGGAUAGUGCUGUCUACUGCAAAAGAUGAAGAUUUGCAAGCAAGAAAACCCACAAUGGAGAUUGUAAAUACUCUUGACAAUGGCUUCCAACGAGACACAAACUCUGAUCCUGUGAUGAAUCAAGAAGCCAUUGAGUUGCCAACAUGUCUAAUGUGCGUAUGCCUUAGUGGCUCUGUAUACUGCGAGGAGGUGUCCCCUGAUAUGACAGCUGUGCCUCCACUUCCAAAGGAAACUGCUUACCUCUAUGCUCGUUUCAACAAAAUCACAAAAAUAACCAACAAAGACUUUGCUGACAUCGCUACAUUAAGAAGAAUUGACCUGACUGGGAAUCUCAUUGCCGAGAUAGAGGAUGGGGCUUUUUCAAAACUCCCCAACCUUGAGGAGCUCACUCUUGCAGAAAACAGACUGGCCAGACUUCCUAUGCUGCCCAUCAGCUUAAUGUCUUUCAGUGCCAGUUUCAAUGCGCUUAAAACCCAAGGUGUAAAAGCAAAUGCUUUUAAAAAACUCACUAAACUGGCAUAUCUUUAUCUGGGGAACAAUGAACUCACAGCAGUACCCCAACUUCCAGAGUCUCUUCAAGUUGUGCACCUACAUAAUAACAAGAUCUCAACAAUAACCGAUGACACAUUCUGCAGAGGUAACACCAGCUACUACAUCCGGGCCAAACUGGACCAGGUGAGACUGGAUGGGAAUCCCCUUCAGCUGUCGCAGCACCCUGAGAGCUUUAUGUGUCUGCACACUCUCCCAAUUGGUUGGUACAACUGAAAUAAGAAAACAGACAUCUUUGCUUUUGAUGGAGGUAGACAUUCUAGGGAUGUUCCGUGUGAACUGAAUGAGUGCAGACUAAAGAUGAACAGGGAGUGUUAAUAAAACAAAAUCGUAAUAAUCAAAAGCAGAAUAAAUUUAAGUAACAUUUUUAUACACUCAAUACAUCCACUGUACAACUUCUUUUCUUAUGUUAAAAUUAUAAACACAAAUAUGUUGUUUUUGUCCUUUUUACUUAACAGUCAUGUCUUGGCAGGUGCUAUUCAGUGUUUAACAUUGUGCACUAACACAAUCUUGGUAUGUUUCCAUGAACAAAGGAAACUUUUGCUGUGAUUAUAUUCAGCCUUGAUCUUAUACCAGCUGUAUUAUCACGGUGGUGUUAAUCUUUAUUCUUGAAUUGACCAAAUACACAAUAAAACCUGC